CCCCUGCGCGUGUGUGCGUGUGUGUGCAGAGCGAGCGCACGCGAGUGUGUGUGUUAGUGCUGCCACAGAAAGAGAGAGACAGGGAGCGCGCCCGCGCGUGUUGCGCUAGAGAGAGCGAGAGCGAGGCGUGAAAACAAAAACAUCUCGAAGGAACGCGCGAGUCCGACUAUAAACAAACCAACAACAAACAGGUCGAUUCAGUCAGUGAGAAAACAAGCCAGCGCAGUCAGCAGCGUGCAGCAACACAGGAACGAAGCGACGAGCGAGCGCGAGCGUACACUACACUGAAGCGAAGCGUACGCAUCACGUCCCCCCGACACUAGCGCAGCAGCAGCAGCAGCAGCAAAGCGAACCAAACAAAAGCAAUCACGCACGCAGUCGUCCUGCUUAGCUUUUUUUUUUGGGGCUCCACGUAAUCCUGCUUGGUUGUGCGUGUGACGUUUAUCGUUAUCGUGCGUGCUAAAGGACAUCUUUCCAGACCUCGUUGCGUGUGCGUGUGUGAACGGUAUAGAAAACAGUGCAGAAGCAGAUAAUAGAAAACGCACACACCACGCAACUAGCAACAGCAACACAGCAAGCGAGCAAAACAAAGGACACAAACUUCUACACAGCCAUACAUAUAGUCCUCGAGUGCAUUUGUGUGUGUGCGUCGUGUGAGUGUGUGAAGAAGCAGCAGCAGCCAGCCCUUCACGCCAGUUCCGGAGCCGUCGUUGCGCCCAAUCGUUUAAAUGAGUGAUAUAAGUCAGAAAUGUUUCGGCAAAAAUGGUGGAUUCUCUAUAAGCUUUAAUCAAGACUAUACAUCGCUUUCCGUGGUAUCCAGGACGGGAUAUCGAUUGUUUUCGUUAACAUCCGUUGAUCGUGUCGAUGAAAUCUUCUGCAGCCAUGACGAGGAUACAAAGAUUGCCGAGCGGCUGUUCAGCAGCAGCCUCGUUGCGGUCGUUACCGCAAGUGAACCGAACAAGCUUAAGGUCUGUCACUUCAAGAAGGGGGCGGAGAUCUGCAACUACGGCUACCCGUCGGAGAUCCUGUCGGUGAAACUGAACCGCUCCCGGCUGGUCGUCUGCCUCGUGGACAGUAUUUACAUUCACAACAUCCGUGAUAUGAGACUGCUACAUUCCAUCAAGAACAUGGCGCCGAACCCGAGCGGCCUGUGCACGCUCUCGCUGCUGUCCCACCUGGCCUACCCGGUGGCGACCGACUGUGGCGAGCUGCAGAUCUUCGACGCGGCCAACCAGCUGCGCCGGCUGAAGCUGAAGGCGCACGAUUCGCCGCUGUCGGCACUGAACUUCUCCUACAACGGGCUGCUGCUGGCGACCGCCUCGGAGAAGGGCACCGUGAUUCGCGUGUUCUGCGUGAAGAACGGGCAGCGGGUGCACGAGUUCCGGCGCGGCGUCAAGCGGCACGUCAGCAUCGGCUCGCUGUACUUCAGCACCUGCGCGAGCUUUGUCGUCGCUAGCUCGAACACCGAAACCGUACAUAUCUUCCGGAUCGAUCCGAAAGCGGUCGAGCAGGCGGAACGGCGCCAGAGCGUGGCGAUCGAUGCGGCUGCAGCGUCGGCCACCAGUACGGGCAGCUCGAGCGAUGACGAUGAGACGCAGGGUGGCAAUGAUCCAGCGGCGGCCGCCGCCGGCGGUUGGGGUAUGGGCUUUCUGGCGAAGGCCGUUACCAGCUACCUGCCGACGAACGUGGUGACGGACGUGUUUACGCAGGACCGGGCGUACGCGACGAUACAGCUGGCGGAGCCGGGGCUGCGGUACGAGUGCGUGAUGGCGAAGCUGGAGAAGGAGACGCGCCUGCUGCUGGCCUGCGAGGACGGCUUUCUGUACAUUUACAGCUUCGAGGACUCGAAGGGUGGCGAAUGUAAGCUCAUUCGUGCGCACGAUCUCCGUACGCCACUGCACGGCAUUACCGAAGUUGACAUCGUCGGCAAUGAGAACGAUGAAAACACAAACAGCCUGAACGUGAACAUGACGAAGUCGAUGCUGCCGGCGCCGGGCACGUACGCUGGCGUUCUGAAGGGACGUCCGGCCGACCGGAUGUCAGCAGACUCCGACUGGUGCCACGAUUUGCGCGAGGCGGUCGAGUAUCCGGUCAAGGUGACGGUGCCGAUCUACGACGAGAUGCAGUUCCCCCCGGUGACGCCGAUCACCGUCGAGUGACUAGGCAAGGGCACGGCAGCGCAGCAGCACCCCCGGGAAGGAGGUGAUCAUCAACAGCACCACCACCACCAUCAUCACCACCAUCCGCCCACGAAGAUGCGACCCACUGGCAAAUCGUUCCCCUCGAAGGCAGCAGCCGGCGUUGGCUGCAAGGGUUGAAGUGUGGGGAAAAUGGAGCUUAUGGUAGGAAAGCCAGUACACAGUGUACGAGUGGAGGGAGGGGGAGGGGAGCAAUGCAAGAAAGUGCACUAUAUUUUGUCCUUACCUGAUAGUAGUGAAUAUAACGAAGAUGCGAAGAAGCAAAUGAUGAUAUGGUGGGGCUGACUUUGUCACACAAAAAGAAAAACGCUGCAAAUGUUGCGUAAGCGUGUGUGUGUGUAUCGUUGAUGUUUUUAUUUUCUUUAAUUUAUUAUUAUACACACCAACUCUCUUCGCUUAAGCAGUUAGUGGAGUUAGGGCCGACCCGAAGCGCGCAAUAUAAAACCGGAAAGGAUGACAUGUGACCCACGCUGCUGGAGGGGUCUCUUUCAUCCCGUUGUUGCGUGUGUUUACGUUUAAUUUUCGCUUUCACAACUGUUCGUGCAACUGUUUGUCGUCUGUGACUAUGUUCUUUUCUCUUCUUCUUAACAUUUACACACGCUAUCUGUUGCUGCUAACUAACAAACAAACACACACACAGACAUAAGAAAAAUUUCUUUCUUGCAUCAGAAAACGUCCACACGCCCUUUGUAGGGAAUCAUUUUAAUCCUGCGCUCUUUCAGCAAAGCAAUGGUUUUAUUCGACUGGCAUCGAUCGAGAUCGAAACACCAAACGAUCGGUUCAAAAAUCAAUCAUGGGGAAGCUGCGCCGCGCCGUGCACGUGCAAAUGUGUGUUUAUAAUUAUUAAAACUAUACUACGAUCCCCUUCCCUCUUUAAUAUAUACGAGAUAGGCGAGAGAUACAGGAAACAGAGGAGGGAACGGACACGUGCGUUGAGUUUCUUUAGGUCAGUAAUCAAGCAAUACACACAGCAACAAAAGCAAGUUCAAUUUCACAAAGUAACUUUACCAUUAUUAGAACGACGACGAAUGUCGACGACAGUGGGCGAUGGGUGGCUGGCGUUGGCUGCCAUUUAGAGUACUUUCUAUCGAUUUUGUAUCGCUCCCGUUCAUUCGCCCGUGUUCCCCCUUUUGGUCGUUUCAAUCGGUGGAUCAAGGCAGAACUAGUUGUUGAUUGAAUUCGAAAGAACAAAGAAAAUGUAGUAAAAGAAACAAAAAACAAAGUAGAACUAGUAAGCAAGCAGCAGCAACAGAUGGUAGAUGGUGAAUUAAAGUGUCUAUUUAAUGUAAGAUCGUUGCUCCGUUAGAUAUGUUGAUCGUUUAUUCUUAAACAAACAAACAAACAAAAAAAGAUCGGUACAUCUUUAACACACACACACACACGAGCAAGGGGAGGUACACAUAUACACAGAAAAAAAGCGAAACAAACGAUCGUGUAAGGAGCGCAUAAGAAGAUGAAAAACUUCCGCAGGAGAAGAUAUAACAACAAAAAAAUGUUAAAAGCUAAAGAACACAAAAAAAACAUUAAAUCAUAUAUUUGAUUAAUGAUAACACAUGAAAUGAAUGAUACCCACAUGUAUCUUGGAUAAAAGUUGGAGGAAUAAAAUG